ACCUGUUGAUGUGCUCUUCUCUUCGGUGUAACUUCACCGCCCCAAAACACCUGAAACUUCCAGCACUUGGGAAGCUUCUGGAAAUUUUAGAAGCGUUUUAUCGCCUUUAUUGAAGAACAAAAGGAGUUCAUGGAUAAAUUGAAGAAGGUUUUGAGCGGGCAGGAUGAUGGGAACGCAGAUGGGAGCGGCAUACUGGAGAGAGCCAAUCAGGCAUCGACGCUGUCCUGGGGGACACGGGUGAAGGGUUUCCUGAUCUGCUUCGUUUUAGGAGUCGUGUGCUCCAUCCUGGGUACGUGCUUGUUGUGGGUCCCUGGCUUUGGUCUCGCUGUGUUCGCAGUCCUUUACAGUCUGGGAAACAUCUGCGCUCUGUCCAGCACCAUGUUCCUGAUGGGUCCGUGCCGGCAGCUGAAGACCAUGUGGGCUAAAGAGCGAGUGCUCGCCACCGUCAUCAUGCUGGUGUGUCUGGUGCUGACGCUCUGUGCUGCGUUCUGGUGGAAGAACAACGGCCUGGCUCUGCUCUUCUGUAUCCUGCAGUUUCUGGCCUUCACCUGGUACGGCCUCUCAUACAUCCCAUUCGCCAGAGAUGCCAUCAUAAAAUUAUUCUCACUAUGCAUCUAGGAAGCCCCGCCCUCUAGGAACCCCCGCCCUGUUCUCCCACCCCUCUGAGUCACUACCUGUCUGACCAAUCAGGACACAAGGACACGUUUAUGUUAGGCUUUUGUUAACAGUUUAUAAUGCAGCUGGAGAGUUCAUAGUGCCUGAAUUUCUUUAAUUGGUUUCUAUUUAUUUUCAGCAGUAAAGAAACAGUUUAUUACAGCAUCUAAUGCAGCUGUACGCAGAUCUAAGUGUUUACUCACUGAACUAUUCUCUUAAGUGAAUAAUUAUCAAACUGUUUUGGUAGAGCUGGACGUCUGGGUUUGAGAUCAAAAUGUGACAGUUUAACUUUGUUUAGCAAAUUAGUCAACAGAAAUCAAUGAUUUUAAUCAUCAGUAAAAUAUUUGAGUAAAUCUUUUUAAGCUGAAAUAUUAGAAAAAUCACCUAAACAUGAUUAAACUGUGUAAACUUUAUUAACCUUUGCUUUUGGGGGGAUAUUAUGUAGAUAAUCAUAUUACUAAUAAUUCAAACAAUCAAAACAGGCAGUAAACCCCUUAUAAAUCUUUUAUUCUUAUAUAGGGUAAAGGACGUAUACCAAACGUCUACUGCAGAGGCCAGGGUUUGAGUCUGACCUGCUCUCCUGACAAUAAAGACUUGAAGACAAAAAUAAAUGUUUAUUUAAAAAAUAAAAACUCAAGAAGAAACACUCAGUAUUUUCUUACAUGAGUUUAAAAUUCAGCGAAGCAGCUGCAUUAGUAUGUGAGAUAAACCAGGUCCCACGUGUUUCUCUUCUAUUUUUAAUAUUGAUUUGAAGUGUUACUGAUGUUCGCAUCUUCCUGUUUUGUUUUUUUGUUUUUUGUCCUAAAAUUUCAAUUUUCCUGAAGUUCUUAUCACAGCACUUUCCAACUCAAUAUCUGUGACAAGACGUCAUUACAUACAUUUGAACAAAUUAACAUUUUUGGUGCAGUAUGGGUUUGUUGAUUCAGCUCAUCUGAUUCCCAUCUUAAGUUUUCCAUUCACAAAAAGACCAUUGUGAGAUAUUUAGUUUGAAUUUCUACUGCCAAGUCUCCAGGGGGCGAUGCAGAUUUGAUUUUUUUUUUUAAAUUUUUUUGGGCUUCAGUUGCAAGACAGAAACAAACUCUGGUCUGUGGAGGUUCGUUUCCAUAACUGCAAAAAAAACCCCAAAAAACAUCACAGGCAGCUCUAAGUUAUUAUUUCAAAAUCUAGAAUUGCAUAUUUUUAAAUUUCAAAUUCUUAAUGAGCUGAAAUUUUGACUUGCAACUAAUUUUCAAUUCAUUAAUAAAGUCUUUUUCAGUGGUGAAAACAAGCUUCCAUAGUGGCCACGACUGCAUUCAGGAGCAUCAAAUGUUAGGUACUCGUUGCUGUGUUUCCAGCACAGCUGCACAUAAACGGAUCAGCGUUCUGUCACCACACGGUGUGCGCUCACUUCUUCUUUUGAUCAUUUUACUUUUUAAAUGGAUGUUUUGCCUUAAAAGUCAAAGUGUUUUCUUCUUUACUGUAAUUUGUAUAUUUUAUUUUUUGCAGGAUUACAUGAUUUUAAUACCAAAUCUUGGUCAUAGAGUUUCACGUGUUAGAACAAACUUUUUCUCAGGUGAAAAAACCAUAAUCUCUUUUGUUUCGUCUCACUUUGAACUUGGUUAUCUGCUUCUUUUUAAAUUGGUUUGCACAUUUUUCCUCAUCCAAGAGUCAAUGUUUUCAUAUUUAUCCUCUAGACUUUAUUUAAGGAGCUGCUUUCUUUGUCUGGGCCCGGAGUUCGCAGAUAUUUAACUGAAACAGUCUAUAAACUGCAGUCCAACAUUUCAUUUUAUUUCAGUAUGGACGAGUAAACAAUGCUUUCAUUGAAAAAGAGUUAAAAUGACUUAAAUCCACUCUCCAUUAAGUUUUUCCAGAUGUGUUUUAGUUUCAUUGAGAUUUGGAACAGCUGUUUUUGGGUUUAUCAACCCUUCAGAAUUUAGUUUUCCUCAUUUGCGUUGCCUUACAGACGGUCAUUUAGUCCUUUUAACCACACUACAAAGCUGUGACUGAAAUUUAGAUGCUGGAAGCUGCUUUUAAAACUGGUCAUGGAUUUCAUGGUCCUCUCCUGCUUUCCUUUAUUUUCUGUUCCAUGACAGCGUCAGACCCUCAUAAUAAAUAUGGCUGAAGUUUCAAACAAUGACAUAGACCUAUGUAAAAGUAAAGACUUUGACAGCUAUGAAUAUUUUGUUUUCUAACAAUACAGCUGUGGAUGUUUCCUCUUCAGGGUUAGUUUGAACUGAAUCAUGCAGUUCUACUUAAGUAGAGUCCCUGAUUAAAUAUAGGAAUAGAGCAGAACAGGUCAGCUUUAUUUAACUUGCAUUUUCACUUUUAAAGGUUGUGAGGUUAAAAUAUUUUUAGCCGAAAUGUUUUAGUGCAACUUUAAAUCUUUUA